AGGGCUAUAAGAUGCCCGACCCGAUUAAAGUAAAAUGGUGGAGUGCCGGAAAACCCGAGUAGCUGAGGAAAUUUCAGUCUUUACGAAUAAGACGUUUCCCGGUAGCAAAAUUUUGGAGGGAACCCGAGGUUGAAGACGACUGCGAUUCUGAAAGCUAAUCCUGUUCUUGAACCUUCAUAUCUUGUUAUGGAAGUGGGAUCAGAUUCAGACCCUAUAGAAGCUGAAUUGGAGGCGGACGUUGAACCUGUAGAAGACUGUAAUGGGCCUGCUCAUCACCCUUCCGCUCCACUUGAUGAGUUAUUUGACAUCUCAACAACGGUUGAUCCUAGCUAUAUAAUUUCUCUAAUACGGAAACUUCUGCCAUUGAACGCGAGUAACACGCGCAAUUCUUGUGAAAAUGGACAUGACGGCGGUGACACCUCAGUAAACAAAAUGGAUGAAGAUGGUUCUGGUAAACUUGCUGAUAAAGAAGGUGAGGAUGAAGGUGCAUGUCUCAAAUCGGAGCAGCUUAUUUCAUCCCCAGAAGAAAAGGUCUGGGAAGAGUAUGGUUGCAUUCUGUGGGAUCUUUCUGCGAGUAGAUCUCAAGCAGAACUUAUGGUUCAGAACCUUGUCCUUGAAGUCCUUUCUGCAAACCUUAUGGUCUCACAAUCUGUGCGUGUUAUGGAGAUUAGCCUUGGAAUCAUUGGGAACCUGGCUUGCCAUGAAGUUCCCAUGAAACAUAUUGUCGCCAAGAGUGGAUUGAUUACAACCAUUGUGUCCCAGCUGUUUCUAGAUGAUGCUCAAUGUUUAUGUGAAGUUUGCAGGUUAUUGAACACAGGUCUUCAAAGCAGCGAAUGUGUCAUAUGGGCUGAGGCUUUGAAUUUUGAGCAUGUUCUUUCUCGUAUUCUAUGGGUUUCUGAGAAUACCUUAAAUCCACAACUUAUUGAAAAGAGUGUUGGGCUAUUAUCAACUAUUAUUGAAAGUCAUCAAGAAGUUGUUCAUGCUCUUCUCCCAUGUUUGAUGAAGCUGGGUUUGUCGAGUGUUUUGUUCAACCUUUUUUCUUUUGAGAUGAAAAUAUUAACAAAUGAAAGAUCAGCUGAAAGGCAUUCAAUUCUCGACGUCAUUCUUCGGGCAGUUGAAACACUCUCUGGAAUUGAAGAGCAUUCUCAUGAACUUUGUUCAAAUAAAGAACUUUUUCAGCUUGUUCGUGACCUAGUCAAAUUGCCAGAUGCAUUUGAGGUUUCCAGCUCUUGUAUCAGUGCUGUGGUUUUGAUUGCAAAUAUUCUGUCAGAUGUACCUGAUCUAGCCUUUGAGAUGUCUCAGGAUCUGUCUUUCCUACAAGGUCUAUUUGAUACAUUCUCUUUUGCUGGGGAUGACUUAGAGGCGCGUGAUGCUGUUUGGAGCAUCAUUGCUAGGAUAUUGGUUCGUGUUCAAGAAAAUGUGAUGAGCAGACCAAAGCUGUUGGAGUAUGUGUCAUUACUAGUGAGUAAGACUGAUCUCAUUGAGGAUGAUCUUCUAGACCACUGUAUGACUGAAUCAAAUAAAGAAGAGGAUGGAAUGACCUCCGCCUGCACAAAAUCAAACUCUAGAUGUAUAUCUGGAGUUAGCAGAGACGGGAACACACACUUCGUAACCCAUAGUGUUGCUCUUAGCCACUUUCAGUAUGUCACUUCGAUGCCUCUCCAUUCGGAACUCAAAGGCCAGGAUAUCAUUUUGAAUCAUUAUCAACUGAAAGAAAGGCAAUACAGUUAGGUUUUUGCAAAUUUGGUUUCCAUGGUUUGGAGAAAGUUAGAUUUUGGUUUUUAUGGUUUAUAUUUUAUAAUUAGAAUUUAGUCGAUUUGAUUAAACUCUCAUGGACUAUUUAUGAGGGUUUUAUCAAACCAUAAAGACUAUUAAUAGAGGUUAUAUCAAACAUUAAGAACUAAAUUUUGACUUUUAAAACCAUAUGAUCUAAAUUCUAACUUUCUCCAAAAGCUUAGGGACCAAUUUGUAAUAAACCAUACAAAUAUUACUGAAUGGAUGUGCAGUUCGUGAUUGUACUAUGCAACUAGGUCAGCCUGUUGUUGGAUGAUAAAUACAGGUCUAAGCUUCCUCAGAUUCCCAAAAACUUCCGAAAUCCUGCAAAAUGUUUGGUUAUACAAUACUUGCCUUAUAAGUAGUUGGAGAUGGUUUUAUGACCACAAAGGUUUUGUACUGUGAUUGGUUAUACCUAAAAUCACAUUUUAUUCAAUGAUCACUCCACUGGCACAUGGUGCUCGAAUAA